CGCGCGAGAGUGGGCCGCGGGGUGCGUGAGCUGGCGCCGCUGCGUGCCGUGCGCGGCCGGGAGCCCGCCCCUCCCGCACGGAGGAGUCGGCCCGCUGCCGCGGCGGCGUCUGGGGCCACAAUGGAUACUGCUGGUCAUAGCCUUGUCCUUCUACAGCAGCUGAACAUGCAGCGAGAAUUUGGUUUUCUGUGUGAUUGCACAGUUGCUAUUGGAGAUGUUUACUUCAAAGCCCAUAGAGCAGUACUUGCUGCUUUUUCUAACUAUUUCAAGAUGAUAUUUAUUCACCAAACAAGUGAAUGCAUAAAAAUACAACCAACUGACAUCCAGCCCGACAUAUUCAGCUAUUUGUUACAUAUUAUGUACACGGGGAAAGGGCCAAAACAGACUGUGGAUCAUAGUCGUUUGGAGGAAGGGAUUCGAUUUCUUCACGCUGACUAUCUUUCUCACAUUGCGACUGAAAUGAAUCAAGUGUUUUCACCAGAGACUGUGCAGUCCUCAAAUUUGUAUGGCAUUCAGAUCUCAACAGCCCAAAAAACAGCUGUCAAACAAAGUCUGGAGGUCAAAGAAACUCCUUCCACUAGCAAUGGAAACAGAACUGCCACCCAGGGUGACCACCCCCAGUUGCAGCUCUCUCUUGCUAUUGGGCUAGAUGAUGGCACUGCAGACCAGCAGAGGGCCUGUCCUGCUGCCCAGGCCUUGGAGGAACACCAGGAGCCCGCAGUGUCCAUCAAGCAGGAAAGGUGUGACCCAGAGCCUGUGAUGUCCCAGAGCAACCCCUCGCCCUCAUCAGAGGUGAUGGACCCCUCUUUUAUAGAAAACAGUAUCAAAAUACACUUGUGCCAUUACUGUGGGGAACGUUUUGAUUGCCGAAGUAAUUUAAGACAACAUCUCCAUACCCAUGUGUCUGGAUCCCUUCCGUUUGGUGUCCCUGCUUCCAUUCUGGAAAGCAAUGACCUUGGCGAAGUCCAUCCACUUCAUGAAAACAGUGAGGUUCUUGAAUGUCACAGGCUUAACUCCUUCAUUGUCAAGGAGAAUGAACAGCAGCCUGACCGCUCGAACUGGGGCACCACAGAGGCUUUGCAAAUCAGUCAAGUAUCUCUGAUAUCCAAAGACACAGAACCUGUGGAAUUAAACUGUAACUUUUCCUUUUCAAGGAAAAGAAAAAUCAUUUGUACCAUCUGUGGUCAUAAAUUUCUUCGAAAGAGCCAGUUGCUGGAACACAUGUAUACACACAAAGGUAAACCUUACAGAUUCAGCCGGUGCCAAAAGUUUGCUAAUGCACUGGCCCAGAGAUUUCAGCCAUAUUGUGAUAACUGGGCUGAGGUCCCUAUGAAAAGUUCUCGCUCGUCACAAGAACACCUCGAUUUGCCUUGUGCCUUAGAGUCAGAGCUCACUCAAGAAAAUGUGGACACUAUCCUAGUUGAAUAGCAGCAGCUUCUUCAGAAUUUUUAUACUCAUCCUGAAAACAAAUCCCAUGACAUUUCUUAUUCAUAAAUUAUUGCCCUCCUCAAGCUUUAUUGACUUUUAUUACCAUUUUUUCAUAGUUUUAAGGUUGCAUACAUUAGCUCUAAUUCCCAUGAGACAUAUUAGUUAAUACAUGGCUAUUAAAAUGUAAGCUUCUGUUAGCCCUGUAAACUUUUCAUAAAUUCAAUCACAGCUUAAAAAUCAGAGUAGAGGGUCUGGGGAUUUAGCUCAGUGGUUCUGCCACCUGCCUUGAAAGCACAAGGACCAAAGUUUGAUCCCCAGUACCAAAAAAAAAAAUCAGAGUAGAAAUUUGGAAAUUAGUAAAUGCCUACUUAUAGAAUCCCUUAAGUUUUUCCAGGUUGCAGAAUCAGCAAAGUAAAAUUGGAUAUGGAGUAAAUGAAAUCUGUUUUAAAGAAUAUUCUGGGAGCUGGUGAUGUAGUUCAAAGGCAGAGUGCUCACCUAGCAUGCAUGAGGCAUGGUUCGAGGCAUGGUUCGAACCAUGGUGCUGGCAUGGCCAGCACCAAAAAAAGAAAGAAAUUCUAAACCAUCGCUCUUGGCUUAUGUUUCCUAUGGGUUAAGUCCCUGUGAGGAUUGUUUAAAAAUUUUUUCUGCCACAUAGGAAAUUAGUAGUUAUUUUAAUGUAUACUAUAUAUUACAAUGUAUAAAAAAAUUUGGAUUUGUGUGUAUCCCCCACUACUGGGGAUUGAUCCUAGGGGCACUCUACCACUGAGCUAGAUCCCUGGCACUUUAAAUUUUUUUCAUUUUAAGGCAGUGUCUUGUUAUGUCCAGGUGGGACUUGAACUUCCAAUCUCCCUGCCUCAGCCUCCCAUAGUGCUGGGGUUACUAAAAAAUUACUUUUAAGUCAUGGCUAUACCAAAUCAUGAGUAAUUUUAACUUUUUUUUUUUUUAACUUACAUGGCUUUUAUUUACUUAACAUUGAAUAUACCUCAUUUUUAAGGAAAAGUAUUUCAGUUAAAAGAGAGUAGGAGGGCCAGGGAUUUAGCUCAGUGGUUGUGUUGCCUGCUUAACAAGUGCAGGGUCCUGAGUUCGAUCCCCAGCACCAAAAAAAAGAGUAGGAGAAGAGUCAAAGAGAUAUAAAAUAUUGUAGAGAAAUAAUAAGAUACGUACACAUAGAUAAGUGCAUAGAGCCAGAGAUUCAGAUAGAUCCAUGUUAAUCAGCACC